GCCCGCCAUUUGCGUACCAACCAUCCGUUUUCUUUUUUCUCUUUUGUUUUUCGAGGGGGAGCCAACCAACCAACCAUGAGUUGACGCCCCAGCCCAGCAGACCCCUUCCUCCCUCCCUCCCUCCCUCUUUUAUCACUGCCUCCCUCCCGAGCCCACGCCGCACGCGCACCUCCACACCCCCCGAGAUCGGAAUCGGCGCCUACCCCCGCCGCCGCCAUGUCGCCGUCUCUGCUCGGGGGGCUCACCAAGUCGCUGGCCAUGACCGUGCUCUCCGAGGUCGGGGACAAGACCUUCUUCGCCGCCGCGAUUCUGGCCAUGCGCCAUCCCCGGAAGCUCGUCCUGGCUGGCUGUCUAUCGGCAUUAACAGUGAUGACGGCUUUAUCUGCUUCUCUCGGCUGGGUUGCACCUAAUCUGAUAUCACGUAAAUGGACUCAUCAUAUCACGACUCUGCUGUUCUUUGUGUUUGGCAUCUGGUCAUUGUGGGAAGGCUUCAAAGAAGAAGGAGAGUCAGAAGACUUGGCUGAAUUGGAAGCAAAGCUGGAUGCGGACUUUAAGAGCAACAAAGGGGAAUCGAAAAAUAAAUCAAAGGCAACUGAGGAUACAAAGAAAAAGCAAAGGCCAUUUCUCAUGCAGUUCUUCUCACCAAUUUUUAUCAAGGCAUUUUCCAUCACUUUCUUUGGCGAGUGGGGUGACAAGAGCCAGAUUGCUACGAUUGGCUUGGCUGCUGAUGAGAACCCAUUUGGUGUGGUCAUCGGGGGAGUCAUAGCUCAAGCACUAUGCACUACCGCUGCCGUCAUGGGAGGGAAGAGCCUGGCCUCUCAGAUAUCCGAGAAGAUGGUCGAAUUGUCAAGCGGGGUGCUGUUCCUGCUGUUCGGCAUAAUGUCCUUGUUGUCAGGACCAGAAGGGCAGUUGUAAUUUCUCCAGGAACUUCGGCAGGACUCGCCAGCCAGUAUGGCCUACUGGAGUAGUUACUAAGCUUACCUUAUUUGAUGGGUGAUGGCGACGAAAGCCAGCCGUCCUUGGCAAACUGGAUGGCGAUUCAUUAGUUUAGUCAACAACACAUUGUAACAUUUGGCUUGCCACUCAUAAAUAACUUGAUGUUACUAAAAUC